UCAAAUACUCCACCAGGUAUGUAGGAUGAGCCGCUCCACAUUAGAUGAGAACUUACACUGAACUUAGUGUUACAUUCUGGGGGUCUCUUGAAGAAUUUCGUAUUUUCUUGUUUUGGUUCAGGUCUUUUCAAAGGAAACUGUCAAUUCUAGGAACUGGAUUAUUUCUAUGUUACCAUUCAAAACGGGUCUUUAAAGCUCUGUCAUUGGAGCUUAAACAGAGCCUUGCAACUCCUCCCUUCCACAGAGUGCAGGUCCCAACCUGGCUUACGUGGUUUAACUCUAUUUAAGGGUUCUGGAUCUUUUGAUAAGUGGUCUUCAAAGACUAAACAGGUUCCUCAUACUAACGUAAUGUGAUUAAUUGAUCUCAGAACCACAUAGAAAGGGAGCAGAGGUCCUUCAGGCAGCAUUUGCAAGAUGAUGCGACCAGGAGCAAAGCAAUAUGUGGUGGCUAGGCCACUAUACUCAGAGGAGUCCUUUGCUGAGGAGCAUGAGAAGAUCAGAAGACAUCGUAAAAACAUGCUGGAUCAUGUGAAACGGUCCUUCAAAUGUGACACCAGACGAGCCAAAAAUGCAGCCCUCUCCCUUCUGCCAGUCAUAGGCUGGAUGAAAAUCUAUAGAAUCAAAGAGUGGCUCUUCUCUGAUAUUGUUUCUGGUAUCAGCACAGGGCUGGUCGCUGUCCUGCAAGGUCUGGCCUACUGUUUGCUUGCCUCUCUGCCACCCUGGUAUGGACUCUUUUCUGCCUUCUUCCCUGUUAUCACAUACUUUUUCCUCGGCACCUCCAGGCACAUCUCAGUAGGUCCAUUUCCAGUCUUGUGCCUGAUGAUUGGUUCAGUGGUUACCAGGCUUGUACCGGAUGAAGGGCCACCUGCCAACAUCACAGGGUUUGAAGGCUUAACCAGAGAUGAGCAGAGAGUGUUAGUGGCUUCGUCUGUGAGCUUCCUUGCUGGUGUCAUGCAGCUAGGAAUGGGAAUGCUACAGGUGGGCUUUGUUGUCAUGUACCUGUCAGAUACUCUGAUUUCUGGCUUUGCCACAGCAGCUGCCAUCCAUAUUCUGGUUUCCCAGCUCAAAUUUGUGUUGGGGCUUGUUGUUCCAGGCAUCAGUGGACCCCUCUCCAUCAUAUAUACACUGGAGAUAAUCUUCAAAAAGAUCACCUCUUCUAAUGUUUGUGAUAUAGUUAUAUCACUUGUGAUCAUUGUGGUAGUGUUCAUUGUCAAAGAACUAAACGAAAGAUUCAAAUCCAAGCUACCUGUGCCCAUACCAAUAGAGGUCAUCAUGACUGUUAUUGCAUGUGGAGUCUCAUACGAAUUCGACUUCAAGACGAGAUUUGGCGUUGAUGUUGUUGGCCAUAUUCCAAAAGGGUAUGAAUCUCCAAUGGCCCCAGACUUGCAAGUCUUCCAGGAAACAGCAGUGGAAGCAUUCCCAAUGGCUAUUGUGGGUUUUGCUGUGGCUUUCUCUGUGGCAAAAGUUUAUUCUAUAAAACAUGACUACACAAUAGAUGGGAACCAGGAGCUGAUAGCCUUUGGUGUCAGUAACAUCUUCGGAGCUUCUUUCAAGUCUUUUGCAGCGAGCACGGCUCUUUCCCGUAGCGCAGUGCAGGAAAGCACUGGGGGGAAAACCCAGGUGGCUGGUUUACUUUCAGCUAUCAUAGUGAUGAUUGUUACUCUGGCUAUUGGUUUCCUUUUAGAGCCACUACCAAAGUCUGUGCUGGGUGCAGUUGUCAUUGUUAAUCUGAAGGGCAUGCUGAUGCAGAUCAGAGAUGUCCCAUACCUGUGGAGGAGGGACAAACCAGAUUGCGCGGUGUGGUUGGUUACCUGUAUUGCAUCCAUCUUGCUGGGUCUGGAUCUAGGCCUGGCUGUGGGCCUCGGUGUGGAACUGAUCAGCGUCGUCUUCAGGGUUCAGUUCCCUCGCUGCAGCCUUCUGGCAAACAUUAGGGGAACUGAUAUCUACAAAGACAGAAAGGACUAUCUCAAUAUAUAUGAGCAGGAUGGAGUGAGGAUCUUCAGGAUUCCAUCACCAUUAUUCUUUGCCAACACUGAAUUUUUCAGGAAUAAGCUAGUGGAAGCUCUUGGCUUUAAUCCAUUGCAAAUGUUGAAAAAGAGGAAUAAAGCACUGAGGAAAAUAAGGAAACUUUUGAAGAAAGGGGACCUGCAGUUGACAUCAAAGGGUUUUUUGAAUACAUCUUUUGGACCCAUUCGGGAGUCAGACGAUGAGAGCAACAUGGACGGAUUGGACAUGCCAACUGACUUCAAAGACCUCCCAUCAAGGGUUGACUGGAAUGGAGAGCUUCCUGCCAACAUCAGCAUUCCCAGAGUGGAGAUCCACAGUCUGGUUUUGGACUUUGCAGCUGUCUCCUUCAUGGAUAUAUCUGCUCUCAAGGGGCUCAAAACAUUGCUGAAAGAGCUGAUCCGUGUUGAAAUCGAGGUCUACAUUGUGGCCUGUGAUCCUUAUAUUUUGGAGAAACUUCAUAACUGUAGCUUUUUUGAUGAUGAAGUUCAGUCAUCUAUGUUCUUCCUAACGCUGCACGAUGCCAUGCUGUACAUUGUGGAGAAACAUCCAGAGCCAGCAGAAAAGAAAUUAGAGAACGAACGGAUAAUAACAACGGUCACAAUUCACCACCCUAGCAGUCGCAGGAUCAGAGAUGAAAAUAUGGUGACUUUAAGAAAGAAAUAUGUGGUGGCCAGACCUGUGUUCUCCGAGAACAGCUUUGCUGAUAGUUAUGAGAGAAUACAGAGAAAGCAUAAAACUACACUGGACCAUGUCAAGGAAUACCUGACAUGUGAUGCAAAACGAGCCAAAAAAGCAGUACUUUCCUUUCUACCUAUCAUUGGCUGGAUUAGGAUUUACAGAGUUAGAGAGUGGCUAUUUGGUGAUGUGGUGUCUGGGAUCAGCACUGGACUGGUAGCCAUCAUGCAAGGACUUGCUUUUUCUCUGCUAGCUUCAUUGCCUCCAAGCUAUGGCCUUUACACAGCUUUCUUUCCAGUGCUAACAUACUUUUUCUUCGGAACUUCAAGGCACAUAUCAGUAGGUUCCUUCCCAGUUCUGAGCUUAAUGGUGGGAGCUGUGGUGACACGCUUGGUGCCCGAGGAUGGACCACCAGCAAAUAUUACAGAAUUCAUUGGUCUAACGACAGACCAGCAAAGGGUCCUGGUAGCCUCCUCUGUGACAUUCCUGAUGGGAAUUUUUCAGCUUGCCAUGGGAAUUUUUCAAGUGGGCUUUAUUGUUGUGUAUAUGUCAGACACACUGGUGUCUGGUUUUACCACGGCAGCUGCAGUUCACAUCUUAGUGUCACAGCUGAAGUUUGUGUUGGGGCUGAAUGUUCCAGGAAUCAGCGGUCCUCUCUCUAUCAUAUAUACCUUGGAAAAGAUAUUUUCCCAGAUCACUUCCACCAACAUCUGCGACCUAGUGAUGUCAAUAGCAAUCAUGGUGGUGGUGUUUAUAGUGAAGGAGUUGAAUGAGAGAUACAAAGCCAAACUGCCCGUUCCAAUACCCAUUGAAGUUAUCAUGACUGUCAUAGCCUGUGGGGUGUCUUACGGCUUUCACUUUGAAAAAAGGUAUAAUGUUGAGGUUGUCGGGAAAAUGGUCAGUGGGUAUGAGUCUCCCAUUCCACCCAGCAUUGGGGUCUUCCAGGAAAGUGCCAUUGAGGCGUUACCCAUCGCAAUAGAGCUUAUUGCAUUUGGGGUUAGCAAUAUUUUCGGGGCAAGUUUCAGAUCAUUUGCAGCCAGCACCGCACUGUCUAGAACUGCUGUUCAGGAGAGCUCAGGAGGAAAAACACAGGUUGCAGGGCUGAUUUCAGCCGUGAUGGCUAUGAUUGUAACAGUUGCACUUGGCUUCCUGCUUGAACCGCUCCCCAGAUCUGUCUUAGGUGCCUUAGUGAUUGUCAACCUCAAGGGGAUGCUGAUGCAGUUCAGAGAAAUCCCAUACCUAUGGAGGAGAGACAAAAUAGAAUGUAUGGUGUGGACAGGAACAUGUUUGGGAGCCACCCUUCUUGGAUUGGAUAUUGGUCUGGCUGUAGGCUUGGGAGUAGAGCUGCUUACUGUCAUCUUUAGGAUACAGUUUCCCCGCUGUUCUGUCUUGGCUAACAUCCCUGGGACCGACAUAUACAGAGAUAGCAAAGAUUAUCCACAGAGUGUUCAACCAAAGGGGGUGAAAAUCUUCAGGAUACCAUCGCCCAUUUUCUUUGCCAACACUGACUUCUUCAGGGACAAGCUUGUGGAGGCGGCUGGAUUCAACCCUUUGAGGGUUUUGCGGAAGAGGAACAAGGCCCUCAGGAAAAUCAAACAAAUACUGAAGAAAAGCGAUCUUGAUUUAGCAGAGAGAGGCGUAGACAACUUUUUGUCCCCAACACCUGAUGACUCUAAUGGGAAAACUGAGGAACUGGAUCUGCCGAAGAACAUAAAAGACCUUCCAUUGCAGAUAAACUGGAACACUGACUUUCCUGAGCUCAAUAUUCCGAGAGUUGAUAUCCACAGUUUGAUUCUGGACUUCUCCGCUGUCUCUUUCCUGGAUAUAUCUGGUCUGAAGGGACUCAAAAUGGCUUUCAAAGAGUUUCUUCAAGUCAACGUUGAUAUUUACAUAGUUUCUUGUGAUGCUUACAUCCUGGAAAAACUCCACAGUUGCAUGUUCUUUGACAAUGAAAUUCAGACCUCCAUGUUUUUCCCAACCCUACAUGAUGCAACACUUCACAUACUUGAGAAAGAUAAAAACAACAGAAAGGGAAGCAGCCAGUUUACUGAUAAUAGGGUCGGUAGCGGCCCUGAUCUGGGUGGUGCGGCCCAGGCAUCUGGCCCUGGGGAGGAGGACCCUGCAUCCUUGGGGGAGGUGGCCCUCUUGGAGCCGGCCACAAACCGGGGCUGA